AUGCUUAAAUCGUCAACCAGCAUGCACUUCUCCUCAAAUAGCUACGGUCAUUCUCCUCGUGAUUUGCUCACUGGAGCGACUGUUUCAAACGGCGCUGGCGCCGCUACAACGUCCCCUCCAACACCUGUCAAUCUGGAUGUGCAAAGAAUCGAUUGUACCGAAGGAACGACGGUGGUCAUGGUCAAACUAACGGAUGAGAUGUUCGCAGCUCUCGAGGAGGGACAACGGAGCGGUAAGAAGCUGCGGAUACACGUUGAUGAAAGGGAGGGCCGCGUCGAAAUUGGUGAUGGAACCGCUUCUUCGAAAACCAACAAUACUUUUCUUUUUCAUAAACAAACAUUGCCGGACCAAACGGAUACUCUUAUACAAUCGGGUGGAGGUGUUCGAAAUGUAGGAACAUAUAGGACAAAAUAUCAAGUUCAAGCGACAGACAAAUCUUUCGAAGAAACGAAAAAACGAGCUGAAGCACGUGCUGAGGUGGAAAAAAGCAGAGGAACGAAAGAGAUGAAAAAAGGAGGAAUGACUUCCAAUUCUCGUCAUUUCAAUUCCUCAUCUUCAACACCACGAAAUAUGGGUUCUUCUUUGAAUGCCGGUUCCAACUCAUCACGUGUUAGCCCUUCAUUUAUUUCAUCGAAAGCUUCAACCAGUCAUCUUCCGAGCUCGAAAGGAACACCGAACGGAUCUGAUUGCAAGAAGAUUGAUAUGAAACCAGAACUGAUGAAAAAGUCGAUUAAAAAACGUAUUAUCCAUCUUGUAGUGACUCAAAAAUAUUCCAACUGGGAAGAAGUAUACAAAAAAUUGAAAGCUGAUGGAUUAGCUCCAGAAAAAGAUGAAAUUGAAAAAAUUCGAAGUUGUGUAGAAGAAGUUUCGGAGACACGACCGGAAAUGACCAUAUUGUCACUUCGUUCAUCUUUUCUGUCGGAAGUUGAUCAACGUUGGAUGUUUUUCAAUCAAGAUGAGAAAGCUCAUGUGAGACGACUUUGUCAAUCAAGUUCUCGUGUUGUUCAAACUGAGAAUAACUUUGCUCCAAUGCGUAAGAAAGGGAUGGAACGAAUGACCGCUAGUUCAAAGACAUCUUCUGAAAAGGAUAAAGUGAAAGAGAAAGUCGAAGAAAAGAUUCCCAGCCCACCGAAAGAAUUGAAGCGUGUUGAACCAGAGGAAGAUGAUUAUUAUCCAGCACCCGAACCAGCUAACAAACGGCGGGCUCAUAACUUGGCUCCAGCAUCAAUUCCACCACAAACGAUGUCUUCUCAGACUGAAGGGCCGAUACCUUUGAAACGAACGAAACGGAACGAAUCGGCAAGUCCUCCAGAGGAUCCACCACAGAAAGCUCCAGAACAGCCAAAGUUGAACCCAGUUAAACUGGCUUCCACGAUUGCUAUGCAACCAGUGCCAAAGUUUGAACAACCACGUGACUAUCACACAGUUGCAUCGGUUGCUGCUAACGGUGGAGGAUCGACGGCUUCGAGCAGGAUCUCGUCGCCCGCGUCUUCGUUGUCAUCGCCAAGUCAGCCUUCAUGUAACUGGGAAAAAACGUUCGGUGACAUCAAGUCGCUCACUGAAGCUGAGUCAUACUUCCAUAUGUUCCAUAAAGAAUAUCCUAUGUACAUGGAGUGUCACAAAAAAUUGACUGAGGUUUCUUCCGAGUUUCGUAAACUGGAAAUGAAGCUUGUGACCGCUGUAAAUCAACGAAAGAAUUCUCCAACCGAACAACAUAAUCAAGAAGUAAAGAAUGUUGAACGAUUAAUACAGAAUCGAUAUGCAUUCUAUGAAAAAGAUCCCGAGUUUAUGAGAGCUCGUCAACGUCAUACAGAUCUCCGCUCAAAACUUAAUGUUCUGAAAACUCGUAUCGGUAGCUGGGAAUCUAUCCGAAGGCAAUCAACCACUGCUUGA